AUGGAAAACCUCUCCAUCCAGGAUGCCCCUCCGCCAGGGACGCAUCAAGGCCCCGGGGGCCCUCCCCAGGCGCCCGCGCAGUUGCCGCCGCAGAUGUUCACGACGGCGGCGCAGCUUCUGGACCUCACCGACAAGAAGUUGAUGAUUGCGCUCCGUGAUGGGAGGAAACUCAUUGGCGUGCUGAGGAGUUGGGAUCAAUUCGAGUUGGGCAAUGGGGGGCUAACGAUGUGUACCAUGCGUGGCUUCGCGGCAGCCAACCUCGUCCUGCAGUCAACGAUUGAACGCUUCUUCGCCUCGAGCCCGGACGGCGCCCCCGGCAGCCCCAGGGGCUACUACGCGGACGUGACGCACGGCAUCUUCCUGGUGCGGGGGGAGAACGUCCUGCUCCUGGGGGAGAUCGACCUGGACAAGGACGACGAGGCGCCCCCCGGGUACGAGAGGGGCGAGCUCGACUUCGUCAAGAAGCUGGCGGAGGAGAAGAAGGCCGCGGACAGGGCGAGGGAGAAGGCCCGGCUGAAGAAGCUUGCCACGCUGGGCUUCGAGGGUGAGGGGCUCGGGGAUAUGGUGCUCUGA